AUCACUAACUCUACUUCUUCCCAUUACUAGAACUCAUCUAUUAACAGGAUAGACAGACCAUUUCGACCAGCCUUUAUUACAGCUGUAUACAGUAUCUGAAAUCUCCUGAUAAAUUGAUUUACAAUAUGAGGAAUAUUUUCUAUCCAUAGCUGAAACGAUACAGUUUCAUGAAAAGUCCUGUUAGAGGGAGAAAGAUGUGACAUGAAUUCAGAAAUAUCUCAUUUUAUGACAGUUUUAUUUCUACACAGGUUUGUUUAUAAGUUAAUCAGUGUAGUUUGAAAAAUAAUUGUGUGCAUUUAAUGUAUGUGUGUGUGUGUGUGUUUAAUUAUAUUUCAGAGAAAGUGUACUCAGAAGAGAGCUAAACCUGAUAAAAGUAAGCCUGGUAUAAAAUGAGGUGAAGAAAGUAGUUUUGUAAGUGUAAAGCUGCAGAAGGUUUGGUGUUAGGCUGUUAGAGUAGCUGUAUAUAAGAACAAUAGCAGUGUAUGAGCGGCUGAGUGAGCGUCAUCAGUCUGUGUUUCUGCUCUGAACACUCAUUGUUUCUCACACUGAUGUCAGUGUAAUCAGGAUUCUUCUUCAGUCUGGACUCAGAGUCAGUGUUUGUUUUCUAGAUGGAGCUGUGCAGCGCUCAGUCUGACCCCGUUCAAGCACCUCAGGGUGACGAUGAUCCAGGAUCGUUUGGGGUGAGAGUCCAUGUCCAGGGCAUCGCCGGCCAGCCGUAUGUGGUCCUGAACGCUCAGGCCAGGUGUGCUCCAUGUUCUCCGGAGUAUCCCCACGUCUUCCUCCCCGACCCUCAGCGCCAGGAGUUUGUGUCCAAUAUGAGCGGCCGAGCUGCAAGCACUCAGACUCAGCCGGAUCAGGACAGAUCUCUGAGAGCCUUAAAGAUGCCGUCGGUCCCGCUGCUGAACUACCAGAGGAGCCCUGAGGUCCUGAGAGCCCCCCGCGGCUGGAGCAGCCCUUCCUCGCCCCUGAUGGUGAAGAGAGCCAGGAUCCCCGAGCCGGGAGCGGGCUGGGAGCGGGUCCAGGAGCUGGAGGUGGAGAGCCUUCCCUUCCAGCCGUCUCACAUCAUCUGCAGGAGGUCUGCAGCUGCCCCAGAGAUGCCCCACAGCAGGACGAGCAGGAGUCUGGAGUCCACAGCACACCGGACAUCUGCAGGACAGCAGGAGAGGUCAGAGGUCACAGGGGUCAGAGACACAUCUGCAGGACAGCGGGAGAGGUCAGAGGUCACAGGGGUCAGAGACACAUCUGCAGGACAGCGGGAGAGGUCAGAGGUCACAGGGGUCAGAGACACAUCUGCAGGACAACGGGAGAGGUCAGAGGUCACAGGGGUCAGAGACACAUCUGCAGGACAGCGGGAGAGGUCAGAGGUCACAGGGGUCAGAGACACAUCUGCAGGACAGCGGGAGAGGUCAGAGGUCACAGGGGUCAGAGACACAUCUGCAGGACAGCAGGAGAGGUCAGAGGUCAAAGAGGAGAACGGCAGCGGCCAGGCCACACCUGAUCUUCUGAAAGGACGGCGAGAGCUUCCGGAUCAGCUCGAUGAGGAAACCGCUAAACUGGUGAUGGUUAACUACCUGAAAGAAGGGUCCUGUGAGGGUGAAGCCAUUAUCAGGCAGAAGGUGGAGCUGAUGUUUGACAAGAUUCACCUGCUGAAGUUCAGUGCACUGGAGGAGAUGGAGUGUGCAGCUCCUCUGGUGGAGGUGAAUGAUCUUACAGACAGAAGGGCGGCGCUAGAGAGACACCUCACUCUCUUACAGCAGCAGCUGCAGGAAGCCCAGCAGAGCAACGAGAGUCUGUCUGAGCAGAAGGAGGAGAGAAACGCUGAGCUGAGGAGACUGCAGGAGGCGCUAGAGAGGAGCGAACAGGAGCAGAUCAUCAUCCGCCACAAACUCACAGACAUGGAGAAAGAGCUGCAGAUCUCCCUGGACCAACUCCUGCAGGCCAGAAGAGCUCGUGAUCAGUGUCGUUCUGAUAUGAGGGAUCUGCAGCAGCAGCUGUCUGACAUCCAUGAUGAGUUAGACAGCACUAAGAGCUGCGAGGCUGGAGAGAGAGACCGGCUGCUGCAGGAUCUGUGUCAGCUGCGCGGGGAGUUCGAGGCCCUGCAGCGGGUGCAGGAGGACCAGGAGGAGGCACUCCACCGGCGGGACCAGGAGCUCAGAGCCCUGCGGGGGGCGCUAGAGGAGGAGAUCUCUGCUCACGCCAGAGAUGUGGAGGUGCUUCAGCACGAGCACCAGCAGGAGAUACACAGACUCCUGGACGCCACACAGCAGGCCAAAGAGAGUGUGGCUCUGCUGAGUCAGAAGGUCCUGGAGGUGGCUGCAGAGCAAGGAGCCGGUCAGACGCUGAUCUCAGAGCUGAAGCAGACUAAAGCAGAGCUCCAGCAGAAGAUCUGCACUCUGGAGCAGCAGAUGUCCUCCCUCCAGCGCCUCAUCCAGCAGAAACAGGAGCAGGAGACGCUCCUCACAGCACGCGUGGAGCAGCAGACGAUGGAGAAACAGAAUCUGGAGGAGGAGCUGAAGGAGGUCAGACAGCAGGAGGAGGACAUGUGUGGAGCCAACCGAGCCCUGAUGAGACACCUGGAGGACACGCAGAGUGAGCUGAGCAGGCUGACUCGAGCUCAUCGUGAGCUGAAGGAGAGGUUUGAGGAGGAGCACCGUCAGAUGGAGGAGCUGCAGCAGAGACGCGGUGAGUUAGAGGAGCAGAGGAGGAGCCAGGACCGAGUGUUAGAGCGACUGCAGGAGGAGAUGAGCGUGGCGGUGACUGGGUCGGAGCAGGAGACGCUGAGGCUGCAGGAGGAGGUGGACGCGCUCAGAGAUCAGAGCCAGAGAGAACUGGACACGCUACACACACAGCUACAUGACACACACACACAACUACAGACACACACACAUGCCACACAGGAGUAUCAGAGAGAGCGGUGUAUUUUGGAGGAGAAACUCUCUCGCUGUGAGUUUGAACUGAACGAGGCGGAAAUGAAAACUCAGCAGCUGCAGAGGAGAAUAAAAGAGCUGGAGGAGAAACAACAAACACACAAUGACAGACACAGCAAACUCAUGGAGGUGCGAGUGUGUGAGCUGGAGCGGAGUGUGUUAGAAGAGCGCAGCAGCUCAGACGCACUCAUGAAAAGACUGGAACGAGGACGAGAGCAGAUGGAGCAGGUGAGAGCUGAAGUGCUGCAGGAACGAGCCGCUCGACACGAGCUGGAAUGUGACAAGAUCCGUCUGGAGCGACAGAAUAAGGAUCUGCGGGGCCGUGUGGCACAGCUGGAGGGAUCUCAGCGCAUCGGUCAGGAUGCUGUGGUCUCCAAACUGCAGCUGCACCUGCAGGAGCUGGAGGAGAGGCUGCUGGGAGAGGAGAGAGAGAAGAGUGAGCUGCAGCAGAUGAGCCGUAGACUGGAGCGCCGCAUGAAGGAGCUGACGCUGCACCUGGAGGAGGAGAAGCUGUCGCUGCAGGACCAGAGAGACCAGCUGGCUCUCCGUCUGAAAACCCUGAAGCGUCAGCUGGAUGAAGCCGAGGAGGAGAUCGAGAGAAUGGAGAACAACAGGAAGAAGCUGCAAAGAGACGUGGAGGAGCAGCAGGAGCUCAACGAUCAGCUGAAGACGGAGAUCUGCGGCCUCCGCAACCACAUCAGGCGCAACACGAGACCCAAUAAAGCACAGACUCCAGCUGAUGAAGAUGAUGAUGAGGAGGAUGAAGAUGAGACUGACGUGACACUAGAUGGAAAAUAGCUGCUGAACAUGUAACUCAAGUAAUUAAUCAUCUGCAUUUACUAAUGUUACUACGGUAAAACGAGCUGUCACUCAAAACGAGGCUGAUUACAUCAGCAGGGAUAGGAUUAUGAAGCUGCUGAUCACAUGACUGAAUGGUCACUCUGAUAUAAACACCUGUAACAUGAAUUCUGUCACAUUCAGCUCAAAUUAUUCCUUAUCAUGUCAUCCGUGUCUAUUUGAUCAGAAGUUACUGUGAAAAAUUAAUAUGGUUUGUAUGUUUUAAUGAAGCUGUUUCAGGUGUUUCAGGUGCGGUUUGAGCGUGUGACACAGAUUUAAAUCCAGAUAUCAAAACUCUACAGUGUACAUGUACAGUGAACAUAUGAUACUCUUGAUAUGCAUAAAAAAUACAUAUAUAUAUAUAUAUAUAUAUAUAUAUAUAUAUAUAUAUAUAUAUAUAUAUAUAUAUAUAUAUAUAUAUAUAUUAGUGCUAUCGAUUAAUUAAAACAAAAAAGACUUAUUAAUCGCACAUUGUUUCUGAAAUUAAUCAUGAUUAAUCCCACAUUAAAGCUUUGAAAAAUACUUUUACAUAUAUUAAUUUAUAAACAACAUAGACAUUUUAUUUUUAAUAUUUGUUUAAUGGAAUCUUUCUUUAUGAAAACCACUACAUUUCCGAGACAUGCUCUUAAAUCUGACUCCUACAAGUACUUACUUACAUGCAGUUUUUAGGCAGCUGUAAUAGCCUUUUUGGAAACUUUAUGACUUAACUGAUGACAUAACUACCACAUUGCACAUUGCAUGCUUGUCGUUUAUUUCACACUUUGAUAUGAAAUGAUACUACAGUGUGCGCCGCAUCUGAGUGUGCACCUGAAGAGCAUGAGCGAUGAGCACAGCAGCUUUUGACUCGCACCUGGCGCAGAGGUGAACUUCAAAUGCGUGUCUGAGAAGUAAAGAUGUUCUGCAUCUAAAUAAGUGAAAUUCUUGUUGAGAAAAACAUUUGUGAGGUUAGGUUUUGGAAAACCUUAGCUCCCCCGCGCGUUAAUUGCGUAAAAUAAUUUUUACGUGUUAAACAAAAAAAAAAGCGUUAACAUUCAUUUUGACAGCACUAAUAUGUAUAUAUAUAUAUAUAUAUAUAUAUAUAUAUAUAUAUAUAUAUAUAUAUAUAUAUAUAUAUAUAUAUAUAUAUAUAUAUAUGUAUGUAUGUAUACACACACACACACACAGUACCCUCCACUAAUAUUGGCACCCUUCACCCUUGGUUAAUAUGAGCAAAGGCGGCUGUGAAAAGAAAUCUACAUUGUUUACAAUUUUGAUCUUUCAUUCAAAAAAUUCACAAAAUCCUUAAUGUAUCAUUAAAGAAAAACAAUUGAGAGUGGGGAGAAAAUCUCAUGUUUAAAUAAUUGUUUUUCUCCAGUGCAUGUGGGCCACAACUAAUGACAACCCUAGAAAUUAUUUGGAGUAAAAUAUCUCUGAAGUAUAUUACCAUUGAAAUUGACAUUUUUAAGCACACCAGGGUGACUAGGAGCAUGAAAUUGUCCAAACAUGACUUCUUGUUCCACAGGAUUAAUACAGUUUUUUUUAGAUUGCUUGCAUACUAAAAUCAGCUAUAUGAAGAGAUGAUGCUUAGGUGUUGUUUACUCAUCUCCACAAAAGUUUAUGUACUACUAUUUAUUGUAUUUAGAAUACAUUCUUAUUUUCAGUGCAAAAUGCAGCCUGAUUGCAAUGAUGUACUGAAAGAUUUUACAGUGUGGUGUGAAAUAAACAUUGUCAUGAAUGUGCA